UAUGCUGAGUGCGCAAUGGGCGUGGCCUCCCCUUUACCGAACACAUACUCGGCAUUCUUCGGCGAUGCAGCCCCGCCCACCGUCGCCGCUGCCGUUGCUGACCGACCGCUAGUCAGUCCGUGUCAAAGUUCCGCGAGUAACGGCAGGAGAAUGGCGAAGAUAUGCAGCAUUUCACUCCUUGUAGUUCUGAGUCUGUCGAUACUGAAUGCUUCAGCGUCUGGAGAACAACAGAAGAAAGUCAGACAGAAGAGAGAAUGGAUUAUUCCUCCACGCAAACUGAGGGAAAAUGUCAAUUAUAUGUACUUGGACUAUAUAGCAAAGAUCCGUUCAGAUGAGGAGACCAGGACCAGUAUCCGAUAUUCCCUGAAAGGCGCCGGAGCCGACCAGCCACCCAGAGACCUGUUCACUGUCGGCAGCACCGACGGAAAAGUCAAGAUCAACGGACUGCUGGACAGAGAGAAAACUCCCGUUUACUACCUUCAAGGGGUGGCCAAGUUUCUGAAUGGCAGCAAUGCUGAGAAGGAUGUGGACCUGAGAGUUGUGGUGCUGGAUGAGAACGACUGUCCUCCGGUGUUUAACCUGACCAUUGGAGCGGUUUCUGAACUCAGUGCCAGAGACACAUUAGUGAUGAGCAUCACUGCGACAGACGCAGAUGAAGAAGGAACUCUGCAUACAAAAAUCGCCUACAGUAUAGUUGAACAGAGUCAUGCGGAGAUGUUUUACAUUAAUCGCGAGACUGGAGGGAUUUACGUCAUGCACAACACACUCGACAGAGAGAAAAUAGACUCGUACACACUGACCGUUAAAGGCACUGACAUGAACGGAGCUCCAGGGGGAAAUUCAGGAACAGGGAAAGUCGUCAUCAAUAUUCUUGAUGUCAAUGAUAACGUUCCUACUCUGGAGAAGAACAUAUAUGAGUGCAGGGUGGAGGAAAACACCAGAUUUGUCGAAGUGGUGAGAAUUCAAGCUAUCGAUGCGGAUCUGAUCUACACCGAUAACUGGCUGGCCGUCUUCACACUGGUGUCAGGAAAUGAGGCCGGUUAUUUCUCCAUAACCACAGACAAAAAAACCAACGAAGGCAUCCUCAUGCUCAACAAGGAACUGGACUAUGAGGAGCUGAAGGAGAUCCGACUGCAGGUUUCUGUCUCAAAUAAAGCGCAUUAUCACUCGUCAGUGGUCAUAACAGGGAGCAAAACAUACACCAUCCAAGUCAGUGUGAUCAACCAGCCUGAAGCCCCCCGCUUUAAACCAGCCGUCAAAGUCAUCACCAUAUCUGAAGAAAGCACCACUGUUAUCCUAAAUAAAGUCAUAACUAAUUAUGCAGCGAUAGACAGCGACACCAUGCUCAUUGCUACUAAUGUAAGGUAUGCAAAAGGACAAGAUGUAGACAACUGGUUGAUUAUUGAUGAGAAGACGGCUGAUAUAAGACUCAACAAGAUACCAGAUUAUGAGUCCGUAUUUCUGAAGAACUACACAUAUUAUGCCCAUAUACUCUGCAUCACUAAUGAAACUCCAGCUAAAACAGCCACAGGUACUAUUGCCAUUCAAGUGAAGGACUUCAAUGACCACUGUCCAGUGCUCAUCCAUCAGUCUCAGAAACUGUGCUAUGAAGAGCAUGUGGUUUUCGUCACGGCUGAGGACAAAGAUCAUUUCCCCAAUGCACAUCCCUUUGGUUUCAAAGUGAACACCAAACACACGAAGGAGUCGUGGAGCGUCGAACAUUUCAACGACACUGCAGCGAUCUUCCGGUCCCAGGAGACGCUGUGGCCCGGCGUGUACCAUCUGUCAGUGGAUGUGUGGGACCAGCAGGGGAAGGUCUGCGGCGCUCAGCUGCUGCGGGUGGAGGUCUGCAUGUGUGGCGCUGAGAAAGUCUGCCUGCCAGUCACCGUGGUGUCCCGAUUCGGAGGGUCUGGGGUUCUUCUCAUGCUGCUGGGUCUGCUGCUGCUCCUGUUGAUUCCUCUUCUGCUGUUGUUCUGCCUCUGCGGUGCUGCAGGAGCUGCCGGAGACUUCAAGGCGAUACCAUUCGAUGCUAAAGAGCACCUUAUUGCAUACAACACUGAAGGACAGGGAGAGGACAAGGGCAUGGCUCUCUUACACAUGUCCAAAGACGAAAACACACGCACUAAUGUGGGCACUGUUGGAGGAGCUCAGAAGCAGAGCGAUGGGAAAGACGGCGCAGUGACCGCCGGCGGAUCACACUGGUCCACGUUCUACCAUUAUGACCAGUUUAAUAAUAAUGCAUACCAUCACCACAGGGAUCGGACUGACGGAGACUUCAUGUACGCGCAAAGAAAAGACGAACACAGCAGAUUUGAGAACUACAACGCUUUUGAUGGGCUCGCACUGUCUGAUGCUUUCUUGGGCAACUAUUACUCUCAGAAAUCAAGCCACGUGGCGCAGAAGCAAGCUCUGGGAGACAAUCUGAAGGUCUAUGAGUAUGAGGGUCAGGAAUCUCGCGCUGGCUCAUUUGAAGACAUCUGCAGUCUCAUGCACGAGGAAGAAGAUCUUGCUUUUCUUGAUAACCUUGACAUGAAGUUCAAGACUCUUGCUGAGAUCUGCAGCGGCUCCACGAUCCAGCGUGAAUCCAUCAACGUGAGCUCCAAAAAAACAGAAUCCAAAGAUCUCAGCGUACAAGAGACGUCUAACAUUCUGCAGUCUCAGGAGAAGAAAAGCUCCACCAUUCUUGCAGGAUCAGUCAAUCAGUCCAGCAACAUGCAGCAGACGUCUCAGGAGAAGAAAACCUCUACUAUUAUUGCAGGAUCGAUCAAUCAAUCCAGCAGCUUGCAGCAUGCGUCUACAGGAGUGUAUCUGCAGGAGCAGGUUAUGCUUCCUAACACAACCCUGUUGGUUCAGCAGCCCGCCCUGUAUUACGCUCCUGCCGCCCCUGUCUAUGUAGUAGAGCCCCAUCCUACAGUUUUGGUGGCGUCCGGUCAGGUCUUAGGCCAUCAGGAGAACCAGAAACGUCCUAAGAAUGCCAAACACGAAACGCACUACCAGAGCCUGGUCUAUGUGGAGCAGCAGCAGCCAUUAAGAGAGUCUCAGGGCAGCAUCUCUGGAGCGGUUCACAUGGUUAACACUGAAAUAAUGCAGUCCACUGAAGGUCACGGGGUCAGACGGGAGAUCCGUCCUGCUAGAAGAGUCAUGAUGGAAGAGGUCAGAGAGAGAGAAGUGGAUUCAUUACAUUUGAGGGUCCCGAUGAGUCUGUAGGCAGCGUCACGCACUGAAAAACACUACCAACCUACUUAGCCCCUGUGUGUUGUUGGGUUGUUUUCAUCCACUCUGAAUCUUGAUUUGGCCUCAGCUUUCUCAGUGUUUCAGCACAUUGAAUGCUUUCUGCUCACAAAUCUUAUUUUGAAACGUUUUGGGAAAAUGCUCUGGCAGAUUGACUCUCCUUUGGUUAUGCUGGGGGCUUUUUUUACCCCAUUUUUUCAGAACAGAAACUUUUGGGGUUGCCUUUAUUAACUUUAGAGAUUCAUCAAAAAUCGACAGCACGUAACAGCAAUAUUACUUACGCAAUGGUGUUCUUAUUUUAGUGUCAUUACACAGUGCGCUAGAUAUAGAAAGUUUUUGUUAAACACUAUAUUAACAUGGAAAAAAGACAUGGAAAAGAGCGUCCUGAUUUAGUUCUGCUGUAUUUGUUAAACUGUAAUCAUAUCUGCAUGUUUCUAAAUGAUAAAAUAAGUAAAUAUCCCAAUGGUUA